GAAUUCACUAGAGAUAUGAUGCUUCCCACUGAGGAGAAACCAAAUGAAUGUAAUGAACUUAUAAAAUCGUUUUGUGCUCAAUCAGGUCUCCUUACAUAUCAGAGAAUUCACACAGGGCGAAAACCGUAUAAGUGUAGUGAGUGUGGAAAAGCCUUUCACAAGCCAUCACGUCUCAUUAUACAUCAGAGAACUCACACAGGGGAGAAACCUUACAAUUGUAAUGAAUGUGAGAAAGCUUUUUGUCAGAAGUCAUCCCUAAUCAUACAUCAGAGAAUCCACACAGGAGAAAAACCUUAUAAGUGUAGUGAGUGUGGAAAUUCUUUUUGUCAGAAGUCACACCUAAUCAUGCAUCAGAGAAUCCACACAGGGGGAAAACCUUAUAAAUGUAGUGAGUGUGGAAAAGCCUAUUGCAAGCCAUCGUUUCUCAUUAAACAUCAGAGAAUUCACACAGGGGGAAAACCUUAUGAAUGUAGUGAGUGUGGAAAAACCUUUUUUCAGAAGUCAUCCCUAAUCAUACAUCAGAGAAUCCACACAGGAGAAAAACCUUAUAAGUGUAGUGACUGUGGAAAAGCUUUUUGUCGGAAGUCACACCUAAUCAUUCAUCAGAGAAUCCACACAGGGGAAAAACCUUAUGAAUGUAGUGAGUGUGGAAAAGCCUUCUGCCAGAAUUCUGGUCUUGUUGUGCAUCAGAGAAUCCACACAGGGGAAAAACCUUAUAAAUGCAGUGAGUGUGGAAAAGCUUUUUGUCAAAAGUCAUCCGUAAUUGCACAUCAGAGAAUCCACACAGGGGAAAAAGCUUAUGAAUGUAUUGAGUGUGGAAAAGCAUUUUGCCAGCAGUCAAGUCUCAUUGUACAUAAGAGAAUCCACACAGGGGAAAAACCUCAUAAAUGUUGUGAGUGUGGAAAAAGUUUUUGUCACAAAUCAGACCUAAUUACGCAUCAGAGAAUCCACACAGGGGAAAAACCUUAUAAAUGUAGUGAGUGUGGAAAAGCUUUUUGUCAAAAGCCAUCCCUAACUGAACACCAGAAAAUCCACACAGGGGAAAAAGCUUAUGAAUGUAAUGAGUGUGGAAAAGGCUUCUACCAGCAUUCAAAUUUCAUUAAGCAUCAGAGAAUCCACACAGGGGAAAAGCCUUAUGAAUGUAAUGAGUGUGGAAAAGCUUUUUGUCACAAGUCACGCCUAAGCACACAUCGGAGAAUUCACACAGGAGAAAAGCGUCAUAAGUGUGGUGAGUGUGGAAAAGCUUUUUUCCAGAACUCACAACUAAUCACACAUCAUAGAAUCCACACAGGGGAAAGACCUUAUAAAUGUACUGAGUGUGGGAAAGCCUUUCGCCAGCGUUCUGGUCUCAUUGUACAUCAGAGAAUUCAUACAGGGGAAAAACCUUAUAAAUGUAGUGAUUGUGGAAAAGCUUUUUGUCAAAAGCAAUCCUUAAUUGCACAUCAGAGAAUCCACACAGGGAAAAAACCUUAAGAAUGUAUUGAGUGUGGGAAAGCAUUUUGCCAUACAAAAAGACCUAAGC